AUGUAUUUGCCUUCCAAUUCUGCAUUGAAAUUUGUUCAACGUUUUUCAUCACUUACUCGUAUUGAACUUAAAGUAUUUUCAUUCGAUAAUUGUAUAUCUAUCAUUGAUAUAUUUCUUAGUCAUCUGCAGCACUUAUCUUAUGCUAAAAUUAAUUACGAUCAAGUUACAUUGCUUGAUGAUCCAUUUUCACGUGAUUAUAUUAUUGAAAAACGUCAUCAACAAUUUCCUGAUACUUUUUUUGAUGAAACUAUGGUCAAUGUUAAAUAUAAUGGUGAAUCUUUUAGAAUCUGUUUAUCAUAA